AUGCAGAGAGCCGGAGGCGGGGGUGCCCCCGGGGGCAGCGGCGGGGGCAGCGGCGGGGGCCCGGGCACUGCCUUCUCCAUUGACUCCCUGAUCGGGCCACCGCCGCCUCGCUCCGGCCACUUGCUCUACACCGGCUAUCCCAUGUUCAUGCCCUACCGGCCGCUGGUGCUGCCGCAGGCGCUGGCCCCUGCGCCGCUGCCUGCCGGCCUCCCGCCUCUCGCCCCACUAGCCUCCUUUGCCGGCCGCCUUACCAACACGUUCUGCGCGGGACUGGGCCAGGCCGUGCCCUCGAUGGUGGCGCUGACCACCGCGCUGCCCAGCUUCGCGGAGCCGCCCGACGCCUUCUACGGGCCCCAGGAGCUCGCCGCCGCCGCCGCCGCCGCCACUGCCGCCCGAAACAACCCCGAGCCGGGUGGCCGACGCCCCGAGGGUGGGCUGGAAGCCGAGGAGCUGAUGCCCGCCCGGGAGAAAGUGGCAGAGCCCCCACCGCCCCCGCCUCCGCACUUCUCAGAGACUUUCCCAAGUCUGCCGGCAGAGGGGAAGGUGUACAGCUCAGAUGAGGAGAAGCUGGAGGCACCAGCAGGAGACCCGGCAGGCAGCGAACAGGAGGAGGAGGGCUCAGGCGGUGACAGCGAGGACGACGGUUUCCUGGACAGUUCUGCGGGGGGCCCCGGGGCUCUCCUGGGACCUAAACCGAAGCUAAAGGGAAGCCUGGGGACUGGAGCUGAGGAGGGGGCACCAGUGGCAGCUGGAGUGACAGCUCCUGGGGGCAAAAGCCGACGGCGCCGCACGGCAUUUACCAGUGAGCAGCUUUUGGAAUUGGAGAAGGAGUUCCACUGCAAGAAAUACCUGAGCUUGACAGAGCGUUCCCAGAUCGCCCACGCCCUCAAGCUCAGCGAGGUGCAGGUCAAGAUCUGGUUUCAGAAUCGGCGGGCCAAGUGGAAGCGCAUCAAAGCUGGCAACGUGAGCAGCCGUUCCGGGGAGCCCGUGAGAAACCCCAAGAUUGUUGUCCCCAUACCUGUGCAUGUCAACAGGUUUGCUGUACGGAGCCAGCACCAACAAAUGGAACAGGGCGCCCGGCCCUGACGGGGCUCCCAAGGAUCCUGGAAGGCAGCCGAUCUGUCCCCGAGCCUGCUCUGAGACUGGGUUAGGGUUCUGCGGACCAGCGGGGCUGCUGCUACGUUGCUGCCCUGGGAGAGGGCUCCGUCGGCAACUAACUUAGCGCUAGGUACGCUCUCCUGGCAACCUGAGACCUGGGCCCCUGGCCCUGAGCCUAUUCCAGGGAUCCUCAGACCGGGGGCUUCAGAGCUAACGGGGCUUGAGUCCUCAUCACUGCGGAGCUGUUGUUGGGGGGAGACGGACUCCUGGGGAGGGGGUGGGUUCUCACCCACCAAGGGCCUGAAAGCUUCCCACUAAUGCCCUGGGAUUACUUCUCACAGGGGUGGAGAGAAUCCAGGGUGAUGCCUAGCCAAGCUGAUCACAGCUCCUUAUUUAUUUUCUGUAAAGUUUGUAUAUAUGGAGCUAUCUGCCUCUGUCUGUCUGUCUGUCUGCACCCCUGAGAGAGACUGGGAAAGUUCGAUGUUCCGUCAUCAUUAGCCAGAGUUCAGUUCCCUCUUACUGCCUUGUGGGCGCGGUCUGGCCUGUCUGUAGCGCAAGGGCACGCAAAGAAACAGAAUGAAACUGUCACCGGCCUCCUUAGAAAACCUUCGGCUCGCACCAUCUCCCCCCAUGUAAACUACCUUCACUUCUGUCCUUCCCCGUCCCGGUACCUCCCGCAGUCCGCACCUAGGCCUCACGUUCCCAGCACAACACUUCUUUUCUCUUUACCCAUUAAACAGGCAAGCUUCUUCA